AUGCCUGGAUUACCAGCUAGUAUCGACCUCGACGAGUGCAUUGAGAGACUCUACCGGAAAGAGUUGCUGGCAGACUCGGUGAUCGAAGCGAUAUGCGCCAAGGCGAAGGAAUUGUUGAUGAAAGAGAGCAAUGUCGUCCACAUUGCGGCUCCGGUCACGGUGGUCGGAGAUAUCCACGGACAGUUCUUCGACAUGAUUGAGAUAUUCAAGAUCGGAGGAUUCUGUCCCAAUACAAACUACUUGUUUCUUGGCGACUACGUGGACCGAGGCUUGUUCAGCGUGGAGACCAUCUCCCUCCUCGUGUGCUUGAAACUGCGAUACCCCCAGCGCGUCCAUCUUAUCCGCGGCAAUCACGAGUCGCGUGGUGUAACGCAAUCAUACGGAUUCUACACGGAAUGCGCGCGCAAAUACGGCAAUGCCAACGUCUGGCAUUACUUCACGGAUAUGUUCGACUUCCUGACCCUCAGCGUGGUCAUCAAUGACCAGAUCUUCUGCGUCCACGGCGGCCUAUCCCCAUCCAUCCACUCCAUCGACCAAAUCAAAAUCAUCGACCGGUUCCGCGAAAUCCCACACGAAGGUCCCAUGGCUGAUCUAGUGUGGUCGGAUCCCGACACCGAACGGGAUGAAUUCUCCCUGUCGCCGCGUGGAGCGGGCUAUACCUUCGGUGCGCAGGUGGUCCGCAAAUUCCUCGAGGUCAAUAGCAUGUCGCAUAUCCUACGGGCUCACCAGCUGUGUCAGGAAGGAUAUCAAGUUCUCUACGAUGACCGGCUCAGUACGGUCUGGAGUGCACCGAAUUACUGUUACCGGUGCGGAAACCUAGCUAGUGUCCUGGAGGUCAGUGAUACAGGCGAACGGUAUUUCAAUAUUUUUGACGCCGCGCCGGAAAAUGAUAUCCAUCGGGGCGAGCAGCAGGCGCAGCAGAACAAGGAUGGCCAGAGUCCGGUGAUUGACUACUUUCUGUGA